UCGAGAAAGCUGAGUUGGCAUUCAUUAACCAGUCAGUCAUCGGGUCCAUCGUCUCCCUACAGUCUCGGGCGAGGCGACCGAGCUCCAGUUCAAAACAAAACCGAGACCCUGACAGCGGUAUUGCAAUAUUCAAGGGACAGCAUGUUCGUCUGCGGCGUCUGGCAGUGAAGAAACCUGUCAUCAGCGGCUGUGUCUUACAAGAAUUCAAACUUGUACAAGAAAUCUCCGCUCCCAACCUCGUGCGUGUGCUCGGCGCGUAUCUGGAAGAACCACCGUUUGCACUGGUCACUGAAUUCUGCCCUAAGGGAACGCUUCAGGAUAUUCUGGGACAAAACACCUUGUCACUCGACACACAGUUCAAGUUAUCUUGGCGACAGACGUGGUACAGGGUCUGGCUUACAUCCAUGCCAGUCCAGUCCAACACCAUGGGCGACUGAGCAGCGCCACUUGUCUCAUCGACAACCGCUUCACGUCAAGCUCACGGACUUUGGUCUGCCCUCCCUCUUUUGCCAGGAAAUCAUGGACACUACAUCGCAGGAAUACAAGCGGGAAUGUCUGUGGCGCGCGCCGGAGAUUCUACGCGGCAACGCGCCCUCCAGGGGCACAAGAGAAGGGGACAUCUACAGCUUCGCCAUCGUCCUCAGCGAGAUCGUCACGCGCUCAUCGCCAUACGAACACGAGGCGGACUACCUCACCCUCGAUGAAAUCCUGGAACGCCUGAAGAGGGGCGGUGAGCAUGAGUUUCGACCCUCCGCCGACGUACCCGCCAACCUCAGCGAGUUCCGGGCGCUGAUGACGUCAUGUUGGGGCGAGGACUCGCGCACUAGGCCAACCGUAGUGUGGGUCAAGAAGCAGCUGAAGGGCAUGGCCGCGAAAUGUGGGCAAUCUGCCAACUUCUUGGACAACCUGUUGCGUAGAAUGGAACUGUACGCCAGUAACCUGGAGAAGAUGGUGGAAGAAAAGACAGAGGAACUUGCGGAGGAAAAGAAGAAAGCUGACGCCCUUCUUUACGAGAUUCUGCCCAGGGGGAUUGCCGACCGACUGAAGAGAGGUUUGGCGGUUGAAGCCGAGCACUACGAAUGCGUCACCAUCUACUUUAGCGAUAUCGUCGGCUUUACUGAACUGUCCAGCACUUCGACCGCUAUGGAGGUGGUUGACCUUCUGAACGAUUUGUACUCGACUUUCGACGCCACUCUUGAGGGCUUUGACGUCUACAAGAUUGAAACGAUUGGCGAUGCCUACAUGGUGGUAUCUGGUCUGCCUCACCGUAAUGGAAAUCUCCACGCCCAGCAGAUCGCGCGCGUGUCCCUGGCACUGCGUGACGUCAUUUCCGUUUUCAAGAUACGUCACCGGCCAAAAGAGAAGCUUCAGCUUCGAAUUGGUCUUCACUCAGGCUCCGUGUGUGCCGGAGUGGUCGGGCGGAAAAUGCCUCGUUACUGCCUGUUCGGAGACACGGUCAACACGGCCUCGAGAAUGGAGUCCAACGGAGAAGGUACACGAAGAACCAUGAAGAUACACAUGAGUGGCAAGACGUGUGAACUCCUACAGACAUUCGGAACAUUUGACAUCGCGACUCGAGGAGAAGUAAUCAUCAAGGGCAAAGGUCUCAUGACGACAUACUGGCUUCUGGGGGAGAAAAAACAGCGUGCUGCCUACCCUUGAACCCUGAAGGUAACGCACUCCUGGUUUUCAGCCAAAGCACGCAAUGUCUUUGCUGUUGCAGACGACAAUUUUUCGAGUCUUUCCACUGCUCGGGGAGAAAAACUGAUAAUAAAAUAAAUAUGUCAUGGCACAAAAACUCUACCUGCGGAACCCUUGUUAUCCUGACAACAACAAAUUGUCAGAGUACGGAAAUUUUCCAGAAAUCUUGACUAUGCCGCGUUCAGAUUUCCCGACUUAAUUUUUCCAUAUCUCAUCGUUAUUUUUUAUUUUGUAUCCCUCGGAGACUUGAAAACGCUCCCACGGUUUUAAAAAAAAAUUAUUUUAAUGUUGUUUUGAUGUAAGCUUGCUUACAAAUGGCUAUGGCGCACACAACGCAAAAGCCAGUCUGGUUGUGUAGGCGCCAAUGUCUGCCCUACUACAAAUUAAAUCCCUGUGGUGACUUGAUAUUUUGUUGCAUUUCUGUCACGAGUCAUGAAAUGAAGUUUUUUCUUUAGCGAUGUGACAUCACGUGGCAAACUUUAUCUGAGCAAUAUGCAUUUUGUUAGUGUUUUUCAGGGAUUAAGUGACAACUGAAUUCUGUUUAAUGUUUCGUAAUUAUGUAUGUCCAUGCUAGCAGCAGCUGGAUUACAUGUGCAGUUAUUCAAUAGUUUUGUUAGCAGAACCCUGCUAUUCAAUUUUACUGAAAUUCUAGUUUCAUAUCUGUGUCUUAUCGUUGCUCAUCACAUAUCAUGUGUUCAAUUUUAAAGAAUAUCAACAUUUUUUUAUGGAGAAUAUAUGGCGAAAAAAGAUUAAAUCGCACAAUGUAGAUGCCUUCAUCGAAACCCGCGCGCAUACACAUGCAGUCCUCUCUCUCUCACACACACUCUGAGAGUAGAGACGCAUAAAACCCGCUUGUUCAAUCACAAAAAUGUAAAUUGGUUUGAACUUGGUGAGUAAAGGGCAGUUCUUCUUGACUGCAAGCAUUUACUGUUCAAACAAUAAAAACCAACCCAGUAAAAUGUUUCGAUACAUCUUGACU